AUGGGGCGCCCAGGUCCCCAGAACCUGACCUGCGUGUCCUACAAGCACCCGAGCGUGCGGGGCGCGCUGGGGCACGCGGGGGCGGCGGCGGCCGGCGCCGUGCGCUGCCCCCCCGGGCAGUGCUGCGUGGGCAUCUGGAACCGCAGCCACGCGCUGGUGCAGGGCUGCUGGGGGGGUCGGGGGGACGCGUGUCCCUCGGCCACGUGCGCCCCCAGCCCCGCGGGCCACCCCGGCAGCUCCGUGCUGCUGUGCCUGUGCCACGGCCACCUGUGCAACGGCAACGCCACCGGGACCGCGGCGGCCGCCGGGGGGCUGGGGGGGCCCCGCCAGGGCCCAGUGCCCGGCCGGGGGGGGUCCGCGGGGACCCUGUGGCUGCUGGGUGCCAGCCCCCUCCUCCUCAUCCUCCUCAUCUGUCUGGGCGUCCUCGGACUGCGCCGGACGAGGGCCCGCAUGGGGCAGCCACCGCGGGGGGGGCGGGGAAGCGGGGUGCCCCCCCCGGAGCCCCCCAGCCCGGACCUGCCUGCGCUGCACUUCCUGCAGGUGCUGCAGUCGGGGCGCUUCUCGGCCGUGUGGCGGGGCACGCUGCGCCAGCGGCCCGUGGCCAUCAAGGCGUUCGCGGCCGGGGCCGGCCGGAGGUUCGCGGCCGAACGCGCCGUGCACUCGCUGCCGCUGAUGGAGCACGAGAACGUGGCCAGGCUGCUGCACACCCGGGCGGCCGCGCCCCGAGCCCGCGGGGGGCUCCUGGUGCUGCAGCUCUACCCGGCCGGCUCCCUGCGCCACUUCCUGGGGCAGCACGUGGGCACCUGGGCGGGCAGCGUGCGCCUGGCGCUGUCCCUGGCCCGCGGCCUGGCCUUCCUGCACCAGGAGCUGUGGCGUGACGGGCUGUACAAGCCCAGCGUGGUGCACCGGGACCUGAGCAGCCAGAACGUGCUGGUGCGGGAGGACGGCACCUGCGCCAUCGGCGACUUCGGGCUGGCGCUGGCGCUGCCGCCGCGCGCCCAGGACAGCGCCGGCAGCCGGCACAGCGUGGCCAUCCGCAAGGCGGGCACCCAGCGGUACCUGGCGCCCGAGAUCCUGGACGAGAGCCUGGACCUGCGGGCCUGGGGCCGGGCGCUGCGCCAGGCCGACGUCUACGCGCUGGGGCUGCUGCUCUGGGAGAUCCUGUCCCGCUGCCAGGCCCUGAGCCCCGGAGCUCCGGUGCCGCCGUUCCGGCUGGCCUACGAGGCCGAGCUGGGCCCCAGCCCCAGCGGGGCGCAGCUGCGCCGCUUGGCCGCGGACGAGAGGCGGCGGCCGCUCAUCCUCGCCGCGUGGCACCGCACCCCGCAGGCCGGGGGGGCUCUGCCGGAGCUGCUGGAGGAUUGCUGGGACCCGGACCCCGAGGCGCGGCUCUCGGCCGAGCGGGCGCUGCAGCGGCUCCAGCGCUUGGCCGCGGGGCCCGCACCGGCCCCGGGGGACCCCGGCCCGGGGGCUGCGCCCCGCCAGGUGCGUGCGGGGAAACUGAGGCACGGGGCGGCCCGGGGGACACCGGGAACCCUCCGGGGAUCUGCGGGGAAACUGAGGCACGGGGCGGCCCGGGGGACACCGGGAACCCUCCGGGGAUCUGCGGGGAAACUGAGGCACGGGGCGGCCCGGGGGGGGGGAGCAGGGCGGGAGGGGCAGGACCAGGCCCCGCCCCCAGGGAGGAGCCCAGCCCAGCCCCGCCCCCGCUUCCUGCCGGGAGGGGCCGCGGCCGGAGCGAAGGUCCCGGAGUCUCCCACCAUGUGGAACCCUGGCGCAGGACAGCCGCCCCCCCCCAACCCCGUGUACCCCCCGAACCCCACGUACCCCCCGCAGGUCCCACCCCCCAACCCCGUGUACCCCCCGCCCGCGGCGCCCCCCAACCCGCUGGGGGGGCCGGGGCAGCCCCCGUACCCCGCUGGCCCCCCCCCGUACCCCCCGGGGCCGCCUCUGGCCCCCUCGGGCCCCCCCUUGGGCCCCCCCCUGCCGCACCCCCACCCGGGGGUGCUUCCCCACCCGGGGGUGCUCCCCUCGCUCUCCCCCGGGCUGGACAAGAAGGCGGCCAAGAAGAUGAAGAAGAGGAUGAAGAAGGCUCACAAGAGGCACAAGCGCUCUUCGUCCUCCUCCUCCUCCUCCUCCAGCUCCGACUGAGGCACCCCCAGGACCCCCCAGAAUCACCUGGGACCCGCCAGGACCUCCUGGAAGGCCUGGGACCACCAGGAACCAACUGGGACCUUUUGGGACCUGCCAGGACCCCCAUCCUGUCCCCGUGUCCCCCAUCCCCUGCUGCCGGGGGGGUCCCGGGGUGUCCCCGCUGUCCCACAAUAAAGCUCUGGGA